AUGGAUUUGGGUGAUGAUGAUGAUGAGGAAGAAGGUGUGGAUGAUGACGAGGAAGAAUAUUCAGACGACGAUGAGGAAGAAGAUCUGGGGGAAGAUGAAGAAAAAAUGUAUGUUUACGAACCAAGUAGUGAUGACAGCAUGGGUGGAGAAAGUGACAAGAGUGAGGAAAGUGGAGAGACUGGGGAAGAUGAUUUUGAUAGUCUUGAAUACGUUCUUGUUGGACUAGAGCAGGUACUAGAGAUCCUGAAAUUCUGUCGAUUAUGUUCAAGUGAUUCCGUCGGCGUAUCUAUGGGGAAACCGACUGGGUAUGCAGUCACAGUGAGUUAUAUUAAAGAAAAUCUCCGAGGAAACUGA